AUGGGACGGCCUCCGAAGGAGGUGAGCCAGGAGAAGAUCCAGCGUUUCCAGCUGGAACUGGAGCUGGCCGGGAAGGACAUCGAUCUUUUGUUGAAGGACAAAAAGGGGCGAUCGAGAUCGUGCCUUCUCUGCCAGCGUAGAAAGCAGCGCUGCGAUCACAAGAUCCCGAGCUGCACGGCAUGCUUGAAAGCCGGAGUGCGAUGUAUCCAGCCCGCCAAGUAUGGAACGAGUGCGGUAGGCUCGAGCGCAGCGGUGCGCGGCUGCGAGAUGGGCGAAGGCUAUCCGCGGGGAGCAGGCAGUGUUCAUGGAGCCAAGGGAGGGGCGCGAGCCGGCUCCCCUGGGGAUGGAGAAGGCGGUAAGGAAAUUUCAGUGGCGGGGCAGCGACCGGCAGGUGUGGGACAGGGCAACCUGCACAAGCGGGCCAACAACGGCAAGGACGACUACACGCUCUUUUUGGAGAAGAAGAUCAAGUGCUUGGAGCAGAUGAUAGACCUGCCGCAGGAAUCUGCGCUGUACAAGAACAAAUUUGCCAAGUACAAACGCAUCGCGCACUUGAUGAAAACAGGUAGCGACGACGAGGACGAGCUGCUCACGAUCCCGGGUGGGGAGGCAGACGCUGGCUCUCGGCGCGUGUCUGCCGACGGGGAGUCCGCGCUGCCGAUGCAGACGAAGGGCAAGCUGGUACCCGGGGAGCAGCCGCGUGCGACAGAGAUCCGGAAACUGCUGUGCGGCCCCUACGAGAAGGUUGACUACUCGCUGUGCCUUUUCGCAAAGUACCGCGUGCCCGAAUUUCUCUUGUACGAUCCGGUGUUCGGGAUUGACAAGAAGCAGUCUCAGGUGUUUCUCGACACGUACUUCACGCGCAUACAAUUCAAGUACCCCUUGCUUGACGAGCGGGAGGUGUACGCGUUUCAUGAUGCUUAUGUCUCGGAUAGCGUGCAGGCCUACGGCACUGAUGCAUUCCACUUCGCAUGCGGUCGAAUGUGGAUGGUGUUUAGCAUUGCGGCGUGCUUGCAUAUGACUACUGGGGAAUAUCUGGGACUCCCGCCCAAUCGUUAUCUUUCCACAGCUAUCAGUCACCUCACCAAGUGCAACUCAGCACUAACUCCGGUGCAGGAAGUAGAAUUGCUUACCUUGUUGGUCUUCUACACCAUACGAAUCGACAGAGAUUCAGCAGCAUUGUAUGAGAUUAUUGAAGACGUUGUGGCUAUCUGCAAGAACAAGCUCAACCUUCACCAGCAUACGCCAUAUGGCAACUCUGACCGGAAGUUCCGACUAUUUUGGUGUGUGUAUCUAUUAGAAAGAAUGAUCUGUGUUGCGGUUGGAAAGCCGUACGUGAUAAAGGAAUCCGAAAUAGGCCUCCCCCUCUUCCAAGAGGACGAGCCCUCACUGGUAAAUCACGAUAUUUCGGGGUCUGCGGUCACCGGCGUGCACUUCAUCAACCAGGCCAUAAAGUUACGGCGGAUAGAGUCGCGCUUCGUGGAGGUGCUAGGCAUAAUCCCACAGGUCGAAGAUCAAUGGCAGCAGUGUUCGCAACUGCCACGCAGUAAGCUGCAAGAGCAAUUAUCGCUUGUCAAAGAGUUUUUCCGAGAGUUAGAGAUCUGGCGGUCUAACUGCUCUGUAGCUAAUAUUCGAAGCUUUGAAAAUGAGACUUUGAAGCUAUACUACUAUCGUUCGGUGCGGCUUCUAAUUCAGCCUUACUUGGAACUUUUAGAUCCACAGGAUCGUCUUUUUCGAGAGUGUCAGGCAGCUGCUGGGCAGAUAUGCCAGCUUUAUAAGAUUUUCCACCAGAAGACUGUAUUCGGUCAUUCAACGCCUGCAGUACACACGGUGUUUGUAGCAGGUGUUACUUUGAUAUACUGCAUGUGGCUGGCACGUAAUCUGGAUGACGAGCGGCGCCGCAAGUUGGGGGAUGAUUCAAAACACACAAAGCCGUCGAUAAGUGCGUCGUUAUUCUCAACGAUGGAUGACCUCCGUGCAUGCUCUAUAUGCCUCUAUGUAAUGGCCGAGCGGUCAAAAUUCGCGAUUUUGUUUCGGGAUACAUUUGAUCAAUUAAUGAACUCAACCGUUGGUAACCUGAUCGAGCGCUGUGGGCCUGAUUCUAGCGAACUAAUAUGCGUUUCUAGUUUUGUUAAGAAUGCCAUGAACAAACACACAUCGAUCACCAAUAGGAAUGGCGACAUCUUGUCACGUCCUUCAACUAAAUACGGUAUGCCACCUGCGGUGCAGCGCACUUUCGGGAGUGAUCUGCUUAAUGCGCAUACUGGGUUUAUCGGAGCUGAGGACAAGCCUCUAACAAAGCAAACCACCAACGAGAAACAAAAUGGUCUUUUACGACUGGUGCAAGUGCCCCGAUCGUUGGCCAACCUAUUGUCACCCAUGAAUCAACAUGGCGAAAAUGAUGGCGCCGCCUCUUCGCCUCCACUUAAGGACAACAUUAUCGCUGAAUCGGACUCCUCACCAGUGCUCAAAAAUAGCAACACCGGGGAAGGGAGUAACUUGUGCGGUACUGAUAUCCAGGGGCAAGGCAGGGAUUCGCGAUAUAUCGUCAAGAAGUCUUCCACUAAGACAGAUCUCGAUUGGAAGCUACUUCAGCAGCAGGCUUUCCUUCAACAGCAAUACGCACAGCAUGGACUGCAAGCAUAUCUGUCGUCGGUAAAUAACGAGAAUUCUAUGGUUUCGCAGCAGGGUCCAGAAAUUAUCAGUCCACAAAUGCCCUUACAUGCGUCCAGUAUGCCCAUGAAUGAUAUAAAGUCGGGACCGUCCUCACCCAGAUGGCAUAACGACACACUACGCCCAAUAGUGGGGGACCCACGAGCUGGCUCUGGGAUUGCGGAUAGUCACCCUGGGGUCAAAAAAGCCACCAGCCUGUUGAAUCAACCCGCCGAACCCUCCGCGUCGCAGACACGGCCUUCCGGCAAUCUCGCCGUUAGCGCAGGCCCCAGAAGAAUGUUCAAUUGCGGGACACACAACAUGAUUAACAACAUAUCUGCAUGGACAAACGAUUCGGUGCUCGAACUAUUGAGUAACCGCGAACCGCUUGCCGCUGAGCUUCUUCCACGCUCGCGACUGCACUCUCAGACCAUGGACGAGGAAAUCUCUCUCCAACAAAAGACCUGUCAUUCGGCCAACCAUGAUCCCUCACAGCCGGGUGUCUCUGCUCAUUGGCGCUUGCCUCUGCCUGGUCCGUCAUCCUCUCUGAACAAUAACCUUCCAAGCCUCAGCCAGCCAUCCCAGCACCAGCAGGCUUCAGAAACUCUGUGGUGCAUCCCAAUUGAGGAAUUUUGGGCUGUGAAUGACGACUAUGGCUUUCUCACAUAG